CAGAUCUCUGGCCCAAUCUGGCAGCACUGUCAGCCGGUAGCUUCGCAAGUUAGCCGAGCCCCUAACACAGGAUUACGUUGUUCUUUCCACUUAACCCGGGGUGCAGGGAGAGUUAUUUUAUUCAUUAAACAUAAAUAGGAUGAGUUUCAGAGCCGUAGCAUAGGAAGUGCCCCGGCUAACGUGAAUGAUUGACCUGAAGUUGGCUACUAGGCUAACUCGAGGAGAAGAGGGUGGGGACAAAACUUGAAGACCUCGCCCUUACGUUCCUUCACAUCAGCUGGGUGCUCUUCACGGUGCGACAGUCCCAGGCCGCGAUCAAACCCGACCCAGACCCAGGGACAGACGGACACGGUCGUCUCAACCGAGGACAACAAGGCCACCAUGUUCAGGAAGAACGGAAAGAAGGACCCCGAGCUGUUCCAGAACGUGUCGGAGGGGCUGCGGAAGCUGUACCGGACCAAACUCUUCCCCCUGGAGGACACGUAUCGAUUCCACGACUUCCACUCCCCGGCACUUGAAGAUGCCGAUUUCGACAACAAGCCUAUGGUGCUCCUGGUGGGGCAGUACUCCACCGGGAAGACCACCUUCAUCCGACACCUCAUGGAGCAGGACUUCCCUGGGAUGCGGAUCGGACCGGAGCCGACCACCGACUCGUUCAUCGCGGUGAUGCACGGGGAGCAGGACGGGGUGAUCCCGGGGAACGCGUUGGUGGUGGACCCCAAGAAGCCCUUCCGCAAACUCAACGCGUUCGGAAACGCUUUCCUCAACAGGUUCAUGUGCGCGCAGAUGCCUAACGCGGUGCUGGAGAGUAUCAGUAUCAUUGAUACUCCUGGAAUCCUGUCGGGGGAGAAACAGAGGAUCAGCAGAGGCUAUGACUUUGCGGCGGUGCUGGAGUGGUUCGCCGAGCGCGUGGACCGCAUCAUCCUGCUGUUCGACGCCCACAAGCUGGACAUCUCGGACGAGUUCUCGGAGGUGAUCCGGGCUCUGAAGAACCACGAGGACAAGAUGCGCGUGGUGCUGAACAAGGCGGACCAGAUCAGCACGCAGCAGCUCAUGAGGGUGUACGGCGCGCUCAUGUGGUCCCUGGGCAAGAUCAUCAACACGCCAGAGGUGGUGCGGGUCUACAUUGGGUCGUUCUGGGCCCAGCCCCUCCUGGUGCCCGACAACAGGAAGCUGUUUGAGGCCGAGGAGCAGGACCUGUUCCUGGACAUCCAGUCGCUGCCGCGCAACGCAGCGCUGCGCAAACUCAACGACCUCAUCAAGCGGGCGCGCCUCGCCAAGGUGCAAGCCUACAUCAUCAGCUCGCUGAAGAAGGAGAUGCCGGCGAUGUUCGGGAAGGACGGGAAGAAGAAGGAGCUUAUCGCCAACCUGUCGGAGAUCUACCAUCGCAUCGAGAAGGAGCACCAGAUCUCCCCCGGGGACUUCCCCAACCUCGCCAAGAUGCAGGAGCUGCUGAAUGGCCAGGACUUCACCAAGUUCCCCGUGCUGCGGCCCAAGCUGCUGGAGGCGGUGGAGGACAUGCUGGCCAACGACAUCGCCAAGCUCAUGAUCCUGGUGCGGCAGGAGGAGGCGGACAUGCCCAGCCAGAAGGUGAAGGGCGGGGCCUUCGAGGGCACCAUGAACGGGCCCUUCGGCCACGGCUACGGCGAGGGCGCCAGCGAGGGCAUCGACGAGAUGGAGUGGGUGGUGGGCCGCGACAAGCCCACCUACGACGAGAUCUUCUACACGCUGUCGCCCAUCAACGGCAAGGUGUCGGGCGCCGCCGCCAAGAAGGAGAUGGUGAAGUCCAAGCUCCCCAACACGGUGCUGGGCAAGAUCUGGAAGCUGGCCGACGUGGACAAGGACGGCUUCCUGGACGAUGAGGAGUUCGCCCUGGCCAACCACCUGAUCAAGGUGAAGCUGGAGGGCCACGAGCUGCCGGGGAAGCUCCCCGAGCACCUCGUGCCCCCCUCCAAGAGGGGCCUGGUGGACGACGAGGAGGAGGUGGCGUGAGGAGGAGUGAGGGGCCCGCUGGAGCAGGAGUGAGGAGGAGUGAGGGGCCCGCUGGAGCAGGAGUGAGGAGGAGUGAGGGGCCCGGUGGAGAAGGAGUGAGGAGGAGUGAGGGGCCCGGAGGAGGAGUGAGGAGGAGUGAGGGGCCCGGAGGAGGAGGAGGAAUGAGGGAGGGGCCCGGAGGAGGAGGAGGAGGAGGAGUGAGGGAGGGGCCCGGAGGAGGAGGAGGAGGAGUGAGGGAGGCUUCCAAGGUCGCACCUCCACACCACACCUGAAGGGGCGGGGCGAGGGGUGGGGGGCUGCGUUCCCAGGCUUCACCGUGAGGAGGAGGAGGAGGAGGAGGAGGAGGAGAAGGAGGAGGAGGAGGAGGAGGAGGAUGAUAAAUUGCUGUGAUUCUUUUUUUUUUUUUUUACACCAGAGAGACUGGAGGGUUUUGAGUGGGGAUGGGGGGGGGGGGGGGGAGAGGGCUUUGUGCAUUAAGGGACGAGUGUGUAGUAAUCUGUUAAAAUAAACAAGCGAAGCUGGGGAGGGAGGGGGGGGGGUCAUUUGCCAACUGUUGGAGGACAGUACCGGAUCAUUCUGUGAUUCCUGUCCGGCCGCAUGCUGGGAUCUGACAUGGAUUUGUUCAUCCUGUGUAAAAGAUGUCUCAUAAAUAUACAGUCCAUAUAUUAUAUGUUGAUCCAAAGAAAAAUCGUUUUUUUUUCCCAUUUGGAGAGAGAGAGAGAGAGGGGGCCGAGAAGGAGCUAAGCGAGGAAUCCAGUCAGCUGUUUUAUCUAUAUUUUUGUAUUUCCUGACUGUUAACUUUGAGCCUCUUUCCAAAUGCUUCCCUUUUUGUUAUUUUACCAGAUAAAUAAAAAGGAAAUAUUUACCAUCA